AUGGUUACGGGAACAUCAAUAAAAUUGAGCGAGAAAGCUCUAGAAUUGACACAGCAAUUUCCAAAUUUUCUGUUCUCUACAGCAGGUAUUCAUCCUCAUGAUGCCAAAGAAUUUGAUGAUCAUACAAUAUGUAAGCUAAAAAAACUAUGCAGUGAACCUGGUUGUGUAGCAGUAGGUGAAUGUGGUCUCGAUUUUAAUCGAAAUUUUUCACCACAAGACCAGCAAAAGUUUGUCUUCGAGGAACAGCUUCGAUUAGCAUGUGACUUGAAGAAAGCAUUAUUUAUUCAUGAAAGGGAUGCACAUCAGGAUAUGAUUGCUAUGUUGACCAGGUAUAAGGAGCAUUUACCUCCAGUGGUUAUACAUUGCUUCACGGGUAAAGCUUCAGAAGCUGAAACGUAUAUCAAAAUGGGCUGCUACAUUGGAUUAACUGGUUUUUUGUGGAAAGAUCGGAGUGAUAAUGGAAUAAAGUACGCGUUGCGUAAUUACAAAAUACCGCUAGAAAGGGUUCUUUUGGAAACUGAUGCACCUUUUAUGUAUUCCAAAAUUGAUGACAAGAGGAUUCCAGCUGAAAUUCGCAAUCGUAUCACAAAUGAAGCAAGAAGUUUUCAUAAAUUUACAUCAUUCAACAGAAAUGAGCCAUGUGCUUUAGCAGCUAUUUGUGAGCUUAUCGCAGCUUACAUGAAUGAAGAUCCGAUGAAAGUAGCUAAUAUUACCACUGCAAAUGCUAAGCAUAUAUAUGGUCUAGAAUAA